GCGGCCAUUGCUGGCCUCGACCGCAGCGUAAAGGGGUCGGGUACUGGUAGGACACAUGCUCGUUGGGAUGACGCAGCCGGCUGACCAGAGAAGAAGAGGUCCUCGUCAUCGAGCCAUAUGUAGACUGCAGUCGGCUCCGGGACGAAGGACGAAGUCCGGUGCCGGCUUCGCGUUUCAUGAUGACGAGAGCACUGUUCAGGGCAAGCCGUAAGGGAAGAGCUCCUGGUGCUUCGGAGCGCAUGUGUCGACUAUGCGUUCCAUCAAUGUCAUCGGAAUCGGAAUCGGUCGCCGGCGUCUGUGGUGCAUGGGCCACUCAGUCUCAGCUGACACGAUUCUAUUGAGAGCAUUGGCGCUGUCCUAUGAAAACCCACAGAAUGAUUGGGAGAAACGUAUUCGCUCGGCGCAAGAAGUUGUGAGGGUGAGACGGGAGGUCGAGGCCGCCGAGGAGAAGGCUCGAGAGAAGCACCAGGUUGGUAACGGGCAAGCAGCUCAAGACGUUGACGUUCCGCGCGCCGACGGAAGCCCAGGGUCGAUGAGAACGAGCACUCUUGGAUCUUCCUCAGACCCAAGUCGUCGCUUCGCCUUACCCUGGUGUACAUAUAAACCCGCUGGCAACUUGUCUUGUUUGGCGCUUGCUUUGUACAUGCUACUUAUGGUUAUUCCAGGGUCUGGCCAGUACUUCGCUUACCUACCGACAUCAGGGGCGUGGUAAGGUAUGCCGCAUGAGGAUCCAGGGACCCUUA